AUGGACGUCCUGAAGCGCGAGCUGCAGCGCAAGCGCCGGCAGCUGGACGCCGACUUCGGCGGCCGCAAGGUGCUCCGCCGCGCCGAGAUCGAGGCGCGCGAGAUCCAGCGCCUCCGCGUCGCCGAGCGGGAGCGCCUCAUCCAGAAGAAGAAGGAGGAGGAGGAGCUCCGGUCCCGCGCCGCCCCCGCGUCGUCUUCCUCCUCCUCGAUGCCCGCGUUGCCUCCAGCCGCCGUCGCCAACGUGGCGAAGGCGUGCAACGACCGCGCGGAAGGUUCGCGGGAGUCGUCGUCGCUCCCGAGGGAGGAGGUGAUCCGGCGCCUGCGCCUGCUGCGCCAGCCGGCCACGCUCUUCGGCGAGGACGACGCCGCGCGCCUCCGCCGCCUCCACGACGCGCUCGAGGACCCCGCCGCGGUCGCGGGCGUGGACGCCGCGGAGAUCGGGGAGGGCCAGACCAACGACUUCCUCCGCGACUUCCAGGCCCCGCGCGCCAGGGCCGCGGCCGUGGCGUCCAAGCCCAAGGCCGGCGCGGCCGACAGGAGCGACGGCGACGGCGAGAAAGAGAAGGAGGAGGCGCCGUUCGACGAGCUCUGCGACGAGGACAAGAUCGUGGCCUUCUUCAAGCGGCUGCUGAGCGAGUGGGGCCAGGAGCUGGACGAGACGCCGGACGCGGAGCGGCGCACGGCCAGGGGCAAGGCGGCGGUGGCCACCUGCAAGCAGUGCGCGCGCUACCUGGAGCCGCUCUUCAGGCUGUGCAGGAAGAAGGCCCUCCCCGGCGACGUCCGGCGCGCGCUGCUGGACGUGGUGCGGUGCUGCGCGCGGCGGGACUACCUGGCGGCGACGGACAGCUACAUCAGGCUGGCGAUCGGCAACUCGCCGUGGCCGAUCGGGGUGACCAUGGUGGGCAUCCACGAGCGGUCGGCCCGGGAGAAGAUCCACGCCAACGGCGUCGCCCACGUGAUGAACGACGAGACGACGCGGAAGUACCUGCAGUCGGUGAAGCGGCUCAUGACCUUCUGCCAGCGGAGGUACCCCACGGACCCCUCCAGGUCGGUCGAGUUCAACAGCCUCGCCAACGGCAGCGACCUGCACUCCCUCCUCCUCGCCGAGAAGAGCGCCGAGAACCAACCGGAGGAGACGCUCCGGCUGGUGGCUGCCUCCUGA